AGGCGAGUUGCAGCAUCUCCCCUUCCUGUUGGAACCUGAUGACGUCACCUGGUUACCAAGGUUACUGGCUGACGCACGAGCUGUUCUAUUUGGAGAUUGGUGAACAGGCUGGUUGCGCGCACGAGUUGGCGAUCCACGCGGCGGAGAGCGGCCGGAGGGACGGGGUGGGCGGCAUGGAGGCCGGGUACUGCGCCAACAUCCUGCGGGAGGCCAGGGGCCUGGCCGCCGCCGGGUUCAGACAGGAGGACCGGGACCUCUUCAUGGAGCAGGCAUUACUCUGUGGCCUUGUCGGUUAUCGGGACUUCUUCCGGUCGUCAUGGUUAUCAGCCAUCUUGUCCUGGCAGUCUCCAUCCGGGUGCUUUGGUUACCAGGCAACCAUGGAACGAUCCCAAACCAGACGGGUGCGGCGGCGAGAAAGGAAACUGUCAGGAAGAUGUCUGUCCCACAAGACAGGCGUGGCGGCGGGCGCUCUGGCCGGGUAUGUGCGCUACAUAUUGGAGUACUACCGGGACCUCUCACAGGAAACCGCGGGAAGUCACUGACCAAUCAGCCUCACGGAACGGCUUCGUGGACCAAUCAGCGUUCUAUAGCAUAGCCAUUUAAGGAUGGUGUUAAAUUUAUCUCUGUAUCAUUCGUUUCUUCUUUUAUAUAUUUGGAUAAUUUCCUAAACAGGUACAGAGUCUGGGUUAUUUGAGGAAAAAACUUUGGUGUUACAC